AUGCCUCCCGCGCCGGUGUCUCGCUCCACGGCGUCCUUGGCAAGCUGCCAGUCGACCGACCUUGAGCGCGACAUGAUUGAGAUGAACGAGACCUCCGAGGCCGAGAAGGACGCCGAGCCCACCACUCCCAUCAGGUCCGGGACUAGUGAGGAGCAGGAGGAGGACCACUUCAAACCAAAGACCUUCAAGUUUUGGAUGAUCCUCUUCUCCAAUUUCCUGGCCUUGUUCCUUGUCGCCCUCGACCGCACCAUCGUGGCCACGGCGGUGCCCCGGAUCACCGAUGAGUUCCACAGCCUCGGCGACAUUGGCUGGUAUGGAUCUGCCUACAUGCUGACCACGUCGGCGUCGCAGCUUCUGUUUGGCCGUAUCUACAAGUUCUACUCGAUGAAAUGGACAUUCUUGAUAUGUGUCAUUGUCUUUGAGAUUGGCUCUGCCAUCUGCGGUGCGGCGCCAACGUCCACCAUCUUCAUCGUGGGCAGAGCCAUUGCCGGUGCCGCAUCGGCCGGCAUCUUCUCCGGGUGCAUGCUGAUCAUGAUCCCCAUGAUCCCGCUGCACAAGAGACCCAUGUUCCAGGGCAUGUUUGGCAUGGUGUUUGGCAUCGCCAGCGUCAUGGGCCCUCUCGUGGGCGGAGCCUUCACUGGUGGAGUGACUUGGAGGUGGUGCUUCUAUAUUAAUCUGCCAGUCGGGGCCAUCACAUUGGUCUUUAUGAUGUUCUUCUGGAAUCCGCCAAAGCAGCACUUUGAGCCGGCGCCAGUCCGUACGCACAUCAAGCGUCUCGACCCUUGGGGCACGGCCUUCUUCCUGCCUGCCGUGGUGUGCCUGUUGCUCGCGUUGCAAUGGGGAGGCUCUACCUAUGCCUGGGACAAUUGGAAGAUCGUGAUGCUGUUCGCGCUGUUCGCCGUCGGCAUAGUCUGCUUCAUCUUCAUCCAGAUUCACAAGCCCGACACGGCCACGAUACCCGCCAGGAUCAUCAUGCAGCGCAGUAUCCUCUCUGGAACCUUGUUCACCUUCUGCCUAGCUGGCUCGAUGCUGAUGAUGGUCUAUUUUGUACCGAUCUGGUUCCAAACGGCCAAGGGCGUCGAUCCCCUCAAGUCAGGCAUCUACACCCUGCCCCUGGUGCUGAGCCUGGUCAUAUCAAGCUUGCUUUCGGGCAUAGUCACGCAGAAGAUCGGCUACUACGUGCCUUCCAUGCUGCUGGCGCCGUGCAUCAUGUCGACGGGCGAGGGCUUGAUGACCACCUUUACCCCCGAGACGGGCUCCAGCCACUGGAUCGCCUACCAGUUUCUGGCUGGUUUCGGCCUGGGUCUCGGCAUGCAGACCGCCAAUCUGGCCGUGCAGACCGUGCUUCCCAAGGACGACGUGUCUACCGGCAUCGCCAUCAUCUUCUUUGUCCAGCAGCUCGGCGGCGCCGUCUUUACCACCGUCGGCCAGACGCUGCUCAGCAACAUCCUCGUGUCGAAAUUAGAGGGCGUUCCCGGUCUCGACGCCCAGGCCAUCGUCAACAACGGCGCCACGGAGCUCACAGCCCUGGUGCCGCCCGAGGACCUGGACCUCGUGAUCCACGCUUACAACUACGCGUGCACGCGCAUAUUCCUCACGGGUAUGGCGCUCGCCUUUGGCGCGCUGCUGUCGGCGCUCUUCAUGGAGUGGCGGAGCAUCAAGAAGGGGAAGCAGGGCCCGCCGCCGGCAAAGCCUGCCGCCGAGGACCCGGAGCUGGCCGAGCAGGAGCCGGGUAGGAUCCCCGGACCGGCGAUCAAGCUCGGAGAGGGUGCCGACGGGCCACCGCCUCGAACAGGGAACACGACGAGGAGUAACCGGAAUACCAUGGCCGAGUCGGCAAGGUCGGAGCUCACAGUCGUCGCGUCGGAGUCAGGAGCACAUGUUGUUGCCAAGACGGAGGAGGAAGCAGCUGCCAAGAAGUCGGAGGCUGGACUCCAUGCGAUCACACCGGAGGAGGGGGCUGAGGAAGAGGGAAGGCAGCAGGCGCCUCACGGUGAGGGCCAUGUCAUCAAGACGGACGACGACACCAAUAUCCGCAAUAGAUUAUCGGCCACAGAGUCGGAGGCCAAGCCUCCCCCGCUCCCAGAGAGGAUGGCGUCGCCGGCACCGGCACCGGCAUCGGCAUCGGAAAGGGCGGAGAGCACGACGGAUGGCGGAGACCCGUUCUCGGACCAGGAAGGGAGCACGGCAGGAGGAAGUAGGCGGCGCCGUAGGGAUGUGUUUGUCGACGCCAUGUCUUCCCAGGACGAGGACAUUAAUCUGGACACAGCUGUUAGACGCUAG